GCAGCGCCACGCCUGUCACACUUUACGGGUGCAUGCGCAGUCGCAGCCUGGAGGGUGGGGAUGAGUUUUUUUUGUUUAUUUUCGUGGCCAGCUAACCAGCUAACCGGCUAACCGGCUAACCGGCUAACGCUGUUAGUUUACUCUGUUUUGUUAGUUUUAAUUUGAGUAUUACACAGAUACAGACUGAACGAGUGCGCGUUUAGCUAACAUGAUUCUGUAGCAUUUCGCGUGGUAGCGAAUUUGGGGUGUUGAUGAACCUUAGCUGUUAGCUGUAGGGUACGUGCUAACGAGCUAGUUGGGGCUGGACAUCAUAUCGAAAAUUAGGUAUCUAGAGCUGCCUGCGUAUUAUCUGACGAUAUUUGGACUUACACUGCUGCACCGAGAAACCACAAUCGCUGGGCAGCAUUUGAUCGACAAUCAUUUCACUGUGUCACCUCUACCGAUAAAAGCAUAGAGGAUACAACCGAAAAGCCUCCCCUAGGUUGAAGCCUACGGAGCAAGAUGUCAAUCACAAACACUCCCACAAGCAAUGACGCCUGCCUGAGCAUUGUGCACAGCCUGAUGUGCCACCGGCAGGGAGGCGAGAGCGAAAGCUUCGCCAAACGGGCUAUUGAGAGUCUUGUCAAGAAGCUGAAGGAGAAGAAAGAUGAGCUGGAUUCCCUUAUCACAGCCAUCACUACAAAUGGAGCGCAUCCUAGCAAGUGUGUAACCAUACAGCGGACUUUGGAUGGACGUCUACAGGUUGCAGGACGUAAAGGUUUUCCCCAUGUUGUCUAUGCUCGACUGUGGCGGUGGCCUGAUCUACACAAGAAUGAACUGAAACAUGUGAAAUAUUGCCAGUACGCCUUUGACCUGAAAUGUGACAAUGUUUGUGUCAACCCAUACCACUACGAGAGGGUGGUCUCUCCAGGCAUCGACUUAUCAGUACUGACGCUUACAAGCUCAGGUCCACUAUUGGUAAAGGAUGAAUAUGACUAUGAUAACCAGCAAUCUCACUCCAGCUCUGAGAGCCACCUGCAGACUAUCCAGCAUCCGCCGUCAAGGCCUGGCCCACAAGAGACCUUCAGCAGCCCCACCCUCCUCCCCCCGGAGAGCAGCAGUUCAGCUUCAACCUCUGCUUUCUCCACAACCAAUGCUGGACCCUCAAAUCCGACCCCCAACUGGAGCAGGAGCAGCAGCUUCACCCCCGCGGUGCCUCAGCACCAGAAUGGUCAUCUACAGCAUCACCCACCCAUGCCUCACACAGGGCAUUACUGGCCUGUUACCAAUGAAAUAGCGUUCCAGCCUCCCAUAUCCAAUCACCCUGCUCCAGAAUAUUGGUGCUCCAUUGCUUACUUUGAGAUGGAUGUCCAGGUAGGGGAAACGUUUAAGGUGCCAUCCACUUGUCCAAUAGUGACUGUGGACGGCUAUGUGGAUCCAUCAGGAGGGGAUCGCUUCUGCCUGGGCCAACUGAGCAAUGUUCAUAGGACAGAGAACAUAGAAAAAGCCAGGCUUCACAUUGGUAAAGGUGUGCAGUUGGAGUGCAAAGGUGAAGGAGAUGUGUGGGUGCGCUGUUUGAGCGAUCACGCAGUGUUUGUGCAGAGCUAUUACCUGGAUCGAGAGGCUGGGCGUGCCCCCGGAGAUGCAGUUCACAAAAUCUACCCAAGUGCUUACAUCAAGGUGUUUGACUUGCGUCAGUGCCACAGGCAGAUGCAGCAGCAGGCAGCGACAGCUCAAGCAGCAGCUGCAGCUCAGGCAGCGGCGGUGGCUGGAAACAUUCCCGGACCCGGCUCAGUGGGAGGAAUCGCCCCAGCCAUCAGUUUGUCUGCUGCUGCAGGCAUCGGGGUUGAUGACCUGCGCAGGCUGUGCAUCCUGCGGAUGAGCUUCGUGAAAGGCUGGGGGCCCGACUACCCACGGCAAAGCAUUAAAGAGACACCCUGCUGGAUUGAAAUCCAUUUACACCGAGCUCUGCAGCUACUGGAUGAAGUUCUGCACACCAUGCCCAUAGCUGACCCUCAACCUCUUGACUAAGUUGAAAAGACAUUAAUUGUACAAAACCAACAAAAAGCAAAAGAAAAUAUCAGACUGUACUUUAGACAGACCACUCCACCUAUAGGCCCGGAGCACCGAAGGAGGACCUCAACUACAGGGACACUGAGGAGGUUGUAGGAGUAAAGAACAAGGACAGAAAGUAGGCAGUAUACGCACACUGAUUUCAAAUGCAGCGCUGCGAGCAGUCGUCAGGUUACUGAGUUACACUCAAGGUCUAAGUUCAGUGACUUCCUGGAAGAGCAUGUGAGUCACAUUGGGAGGAGUUGUAGCACAGUGGAAAGAAGAGGAUGAGCAUGUUAAAGGAAGCCAGUAUCCUGUCACUGUUCACCAAUUGCAACUGCACAACAAUAUGAAGUGAUCAAGUUUCUCAAAUCACAAGUUUGAUAUUAAAAUGUUGUAAGAGAUUCGAGGUAAAGAACAUGUUCCCACUGAGAUUCAAAGAUCCAAAAAGCUCUUGGAUUGUUUCAUAUGCUGACAAAGACACUGUAAGAAACAGGGAACCAUUUGUACUCUGUGUAUUUUUCAUGUGUCUGGACAUUUUCUGUAUGUAAUAUUUUAAGAUGUUUGGAGCCCCAAAUUCCUUUUUAAACUAUUUAAUAAGAGAGUAAGCUAUUUUGCUCGAUUCCAUUUGAGCACAAUGUGGAGCCUUGUAUUGGAUGCAAACCUGUCAUAUACCCUGUUUAUGUAAAUGUGAUUUCAGUUGGUGUAUACUGCCGGUCCAGUCCUCCUUCACUGGCCCUCCGGUGCUGAUAUGGCUUCACGUAAGUGGAGAUUUUUUUCUUCCCUGUCGCAGAUCAGGACAUUUACAUGAGAUCAUGUUAUUCAUUGCUCAUUUUCUCGUAAAAUGUAAUCUUGAAUAUUUUUCAAAGCUGAAAGCCCUUGUUAAUGUUCUUUUUUGAUUUAUACGCACCCUUUUUGAAUAGUUGUUUUUAAUAAGGUGAAGAGCAUUUUAGUUCAGAUCAGCUUCUCUUUAUACAACUGUUGCAUUAUUCUAGCUGCAGAGGAGUUAUGUUUUCUAUUGAACUUUUACAAAACCCCAGAAUUGAAUUGAAAUGAAAGAAAGGUUAUUAUACAUCUGAUUAAUAUUAUUAGUAAUUGUAAUUCUUUUGAUUAGAUGCCCAUUAGUGUCCAUUAGCACUUUAUUAAUUUGCCUAAGUGUGUUGUCUUGUUUCUUUUGUCUCCUGUGUGGUUACUUGUUGUAUCCAUAUAAUAAUCUUAGUAUAGUGUAAAAUAAAUUAAUGUACACUGGGGUGCAAACGUUGGAGACUGCUUUUGGACCCCAGGGUAGGUCAAAGUGUUGCCUGCUCAAAAUCUAUGUUUUCAGUAUCAAAUUCACUCUCAGCAGGUUUGAAAGAAACAGUGAUUAUUAAAAGUUACAGGAGGUGUGGUUCAGGAAAUAUGAAAUCUUGAGAGAAAAUUGAGAUCCACCUUUCAAACCUGCGGAUGGCGAAUCCUUCAUACUAAAAACAUAUGUUUGGGUGGAGAAUCACAUUAUGUUAGCUCACCUCCACCUGCUUUCAUUUGAGAAUAACACUUGACGUAGAAGACAGCUGAGAAAAGCAAGUGCGGACUGAACUAUGAGAGGAAGCGUAGCCAUAUUGAUGCCAAAAAUACCCUCUGGAAAAGUGCAACGGUUUAUCAGCCUGCCGUCAUUUCAGUGUUGACGUCGCAUCUAAAAGCUCGGUUUCAUCAUCAACUGAAUGAGUUUAGUUUUUGCUCUGCAAUAUUCAAUCAAUAUUCUGGUAUUUGGAGCUCUGUUUACAGCUGUUGCAGUAUUUUGUACUUUUUUGCUACCGUUACAGUGAUGAACUCUGGCCAAAAUAUAAAUGAUUUAAAAAUUUAAAAAAAGUAAAGGAAUGCUGUACAAUUUUCAGGAAAUACAAGUUUGUGCUCAUCGUAAAAAACAUUCUGAACUGAGUUUGAAUGAUAUUGGUGUUUACUUGUAUGAAUAUGGUUGAAUAAAAUUGAAUGGGCUAACACUACGAUUUAGUCAUUUGAUUGGUGUGUGUGUGUGAGCCAAAAGGGAGAGAGGACGCUCAACUUUGAACAAGAGAACAUUUAUUACUGCAAAGACGUGUCACAAAUUUUAAGAAAACAACACUAAGAAGCUAGCCUGAGCUGAGAUCUGAAAUAUUCAGAAAACCAAACUACAUGUGUCUUUAAUAGUUUCUAUAUUCAUCAAUACGACACACUAAAUGAUAAUAUCUUUAUAAAUAUAAAAGUUCCCCAAUUGUCCUCGUUUUUUAUGCAAAAUACACGAUACAAAUCACCCUACACGCAUUGGUUUUGCUCGCCAAAUUUGAGAAGAUAUGAAGAAAACUUAACAGCGCACGAAAAGAAAGUCACAUGAAAUUUGUGUGUAUAUAUUAUAUCAGAUACUAUACAUUAUCCCAAAAAAAAGAGGGAAAAGAAAA